GAGGCUGGUACAAACUAGAGUCUCACACACAUUUCAGUUCAGUUCAGUUCAAACUGCUCUCAUCUGUGCGCUGCUGUCUCACUGUCAACUCAACUGAAGGAACUUCUUUUUUGUUCAUCCGUCUGUCUCUCUGCUCGGAGCUUGACCCGUCUCAAGUCCAGAUUCAGCGACUUAACUUGGAUUUAAGACACAAACGUGCAACUAAAAGAAGACAAGUCAUACACCUUAAAUACCUGGAAGACAUCUGCAACCACCUCACCUACAAACAUCUGCUGCUGCUGCUGCUGCUGCUGCUGCUGGACGCUGAGGAUCAGUGGAAGGGGAAGAAGUGCCUUGCUCAAAGGCUCCUCAACAUAACUGCUGGGGAAGAGGAGAGCAGCCACUUGACCAAAUUUGAUCAAGACUUUCUCAGGCCAACUGCAAUCCUAAAUCAGGUGGAUCUCGUACCUGCUGAGUGACUGCUAAGAGAUACAUUUAAAAAAGAAACAGAGCUGUAACUGGUCAUGGCAGACUGGAGCCUACUGGGAAACUUCCUGGAGGAAGUACAGGAACACUCUACCUCUGUUGGCAAGGUGUGGCUGACCAUCCUGUUUAUCUUCCGUAUCCUGGUGCUCGGGACUGCCGCUGAGUCGUCGUGGGGAGACGAACAGGAAGAUUUUAACUGUGACACCGAGCAGCCGGGCUGCGAGAACGUUUGUUAUGACCGAGCUUUCCCCAUAGCUCAUAUACGAUACUGGGUGCUGCAGAUUGUGUUUGUGUCCACUCCCAGUCUGAUCUACAUGGGCCACGCCAUGCACAAUGUCCGCAGAGAGGAGAAGAAGAGGAGCAGAGAGGAGGGAGAGGGAGAGGGAGGAGGGAGAGAGGAGGACACUGGAGGAGGAGGAGGAGGAGGAGGAGAGAACCAGAGGAGGAAAGGAGAGGACAGAGGAAAGGAAAAAGGAGAAGGUCAAUCAACAGGUCGAAUCCGUCUAAGGGGAGGGCUGCUGCGGACUUACAUACUCAGCAUAUUGAUACGCAGUGUCAUGGAGGUGGUGUUUCUGAGUCUCCAGUACUUCAUGUAUGGAGUCUUCCUCAAUCCCCUGUAUGUCUGCAAGGCCUGGCCGUGUCCACAUCCCGUGAACUGUUACGUCUCCAGACCAACAGAGAAAAAUGUCUUCAUAGUGUUCAUGAUGGCUGUGUCGGCCGUCUCUCUGUUCCUCAGUGUGCUCGAGCUGCAUCACCUGGGAUGGAGACACUGCUGCAGGCAGUACUGCUACAAAGAGAAGGCAGUUGGUCCUGCUAACACCUCGCUGGCCCGACAGCUCUCUCUGUCUCCUCCACUGCCGUCAACCCCACCGCCAGACUUCAGCCAGUGUGUGAUUGACUCCUCGCACUUCCUGCCCCUCCCUUUCCCCAACCACCGCCUGGCUAACCAACAAAACUCAGAGAACAUGGCCACAGAGAAGCACAAAAUGGCCGCCGCCGCUGACGAGGUAAACCUCCUCCAGAUGAGCUGCUACUCACCCGGAUGGCAGGAGACUCGCAACAAUCAGAUCCAAAAUGGCGGAUACCUGAGGACCGACACUAACUCCUACACCCCUGGGAGCAGGGAGAUCAGCUGCGUUCAGAUCCAGAAUGGCGGCCCAGACGGGCUGCUGCUUUGCCCAAAUGGAGGUCUCUGUCAGAACGACAAACGGAGAUUCAGCAAAACCAGCGGAACGAGCAGCCGAACGAGAGCAACCGACCUCUCUGUUUAGGAAGAAAGAAGAAAAUUCCAAAUAAACUGGAACAUAUUUGACCCUUUUAUGCAUGACCACAUGCACAUCAAACACAAAGCUUCUCAUUUAAGUCAGCUGGGAGGAGUUAUCUCUGUGUCCACUCUGUCGACCUGAUUAAGAGACUUUUCCUUCUGACAUUAUACUAGAGCUAAAGAAAUCCUUAGUCGACUAACACUCAUGAUUUUGUCGAAUUUAAUGGAUAGAUCUGCAAAACUGAAUUUCUCCACAAAGAAUCAUGCAAAAACCAUCACUUUGAAUCUUGUGUUGAUGUGCUUAAAAGUUUCUUGGAAACAAGUUACUCAGGAUGAAAAAGUAUACAAAAUGACUAAUUGUCUAAAGAAAUCUUAGACGACCAAAUGACUGAUUGGUCGACCAGUCGACUAAGAGGAGGCAGCCCAACAUUAUGAUUGCCCUCAAAUGUUGCUAUAAAAUCCUGACUGCCAAAAAAUUGAACGUUGUUGCAGUUAAGGUGUGUCUAAAAGUCAUAAAAACAGAACAGUAUGCAUGCAGAGACAAUGCACAUUAAUCUGGAGAAUCAUGUUUAUAACACAGUUUAAAGGCAGGCAAAAACGUAAAAGCUAAAGUAGAGAUGAAGACUGUUCUCUGAUCACAAUGCACUCAACCUUUGUGCUGUUUGCCAGAUAUUUCACUCUGAGUGCAGUUAGUUUCUUAAAAGAUAAUUUUUGUAGUUGCAGAGACACAUUUUUCCUGAAACAUAUCUACUAAAUCAUCAGCAUUUAGGUUUAACGGUAUUUUUUUUGUUGUUGAUGGAAGCCGAGAACAGUGAUUGCUGAUGACUAGUCUAUAUCCUUGUGACACUAGCCGAUGACUCUGACCGGAAGUUGGUGCAACUUAAAGCAAAAGUUUUGUUUGAGUUUUAACUGCAGCAGUGCCACUGCAGAUGUUCGUCCCAACUGGAUAUUAAUAUGAAGCACAAAUGCCAAUUGCAUCUUCACACCAGCAUAUAUUUACUAUUUCUUCACUUUUUAAAAGUUAUGUUCAAAUUUCUCAUACAUGUCCUUUGUUAGUUUGGAGGACUACUGGUGACUUUCUAUGGCACUGUAUUAUGGCUAUGAACCCAUUUGGCCUAAAAUCUUUACAUUCUGAAAUGUACGUUGGGUUUUAUAAUAGCAUAUUUGUACUGUAGUGUAACAGAUGACACUGAUUACUACUAUCAGUGAUCAGUUAAAAUGGUUAUUUAUUAUUCCACUUUGAUAAUGUGAAUGCUGUAUAUUUAAAAAGCGUUGCAAAUAAAACUAUGCAAAACCUGUGGGAA